CUGCAUGACCCCUCUCCCAAUGCAAGACUGGGGCCACAGCAAAAAUCCCCGAAGACGCAUUCUGGUGCCCCUUCCGAGUCAGCACCUGGGGCAAAUGCCCCACUCACCCUCCCUCUAGUUAUGCUACUGCUGUCUUGAAAGGGGCAGGUACACAACUAGGUAUUUUUUAGUCCUCCUACGCUUCUUUAUGGGCAUCAAUCUUGCAGGGAAGAGCCUAGACCAUUUUUUAACAUGCCCUGAUGAUAUGAAGCAGGCUUACAGCAGACCGCUAAUGACACCUAAAUUACGGUGUAUGAAAUUCUGCUUUUGUAUGGAGCAGUAAAAAUGCAUUGGGAUCUAUAGAUAUGUUUGUGUUGAUGUAUAUCCACACAUACAGCCCUCUGUCUUAGAGUUUUUUUCUGAUGGUCCUCUUCAAGGCACAUCAUUACACUUCCCCUACCCUGGUCAGAUCCAUCAGUCCUCAAUAGCCGAGACAGAUAUCAUUUGAAUCAUGGCUCCUCUGCCCAAAGCAGACGGAUAAGCAAAGGAAUAUGCUUUUCUAUGUUCCAAAUCUACAAGUUCCUUAAUAUGUUUCAGGCUACAUAAUAAGCAGAAACCCUAAACAGGCACACAGCUGAAGUUUCUGUCACUGAAGUAUGUGACAAAGGGAUGAAAGAUAUUGUUGUAGAAGCUGGUUGUUUUGCUUACACAUAGAAGAAUCAAAAGAUGGGAAGCAGCUGGAUCAGCCAGCUUCAGGCCUUAUGCUUAGAAGCUCAGGUGGGAUGAUCUUUCAUUUAGGUCACUUGUCAUCUGUCCCUCCAGCCAUAGAGCAGUUUGCUUGAGAUGAAACUUUGACAGACUGAACACACAGCAGGCUACCUGGAGAAGGACGUGUGAAUAUUUUCACACCACAGUAAAAGCAGACAUACCUGCUUAACUCCUCUCAACUAUAAUCAUAUACAAAUCUGUGAUCAUGAUUGAGAAGCCUUCUUCCAAAAAGCCAAUGGCAAGAAAGAGUGAAAAAGGAAUGGUUGUAUGAUGGAGAGGUCAGCAGGCCUGGGUACUAUUCCACUCUCUCACAGACCUCCUAUAUGGCCUCAAGUACAAGACACCUAACCAUAUAACUUGCCAUGUACAAAACAGGGAUAAGAAUACAACACUGUAUCACUUGGGCAUUGUUGUGAGGCAUCACACUGUUACAGUACCCAGAAGAAAGAUGCCUAUAUUAGUGCAAAGUAUUAUUAUUCUUUCACUUUGAGUCUUCUCUUCUGCGUUAGCCUCUCUCCAGGGCUGGAGCUCCUGGUCCUCCCAGACAGAGCCACAGUCCCCAGAAAAAGCAGACAGCGCCCCAUUAUAAGGAAGUAUGCAGCUGUGCUCAUCCCAGGAUAAAGGCAUCAAUUUUAUUCAGCACUGUCAAAUGGAGAUUAAUUAUACAGGGCAGGACAUUGGGACCCUGCAGCAAGUGUCCUGAAAGAGACCCCUCUCAUUCAGCUGAAUAAGGGGCCUUCAAGCCCUUUACACUGAUAAACCAUUAUCAACCCCUCCCCAUUCACAAACCCUCUCUGCUGUCCCAUAGACCCUCCUCUAUUGCAAGCAAAGUGGAGUCUUGGAAUGGCAGAGCUGUUGCUAUAGCAGCCGCCCCUCUCACCCCCACUCCCACCAUUAUAGAAUUAUUCCAUUCUGAAAUGUCCUGUUGUGUCUAUUAAUACCAGACUCCCUCCCUGCACAAUGCCCCUCUCCACCCCUCUAAAAUAAUCACAAAACUCCAAAGAGUCCCUGCAAAGGGCUGGGGGGUUCAGAUGGAGACUUUAAUAAGUAGAACAAACACACUGAAUUAUUCAUAAAUAUAACAGCAGCAGCAGCAACAGCAGCAGCUCCCCACUUCCAAAGGCUCAGUUGGAAAGAAGACAGCCUUUCACUGCAAGCGUGUUGUUGCCUCUCCCCUCUGUUACAUGAGCGAGCUGAUAAUGCACUAUCAGAGCUAGCAGGACAUUAUAUAGAGGGGCUUGCUCUGCAACCUUUACUAAGCCUGCAAUUGUCGGCUCCUUCUGGCUCGCCUCAUUGUUUCCAUCUAUGCAGCUUCUCCUUGGCUUGCUGGCUUCAGAAGGGGCUGCCAGAGACUUUCUUCAAAAGGACUUUACCCUCCACACUAGGACUGCACCAUCCAAAAGGUUCUCAUAUUUCUUUCCAGAGACGUGGUGAGGGAUGGAUAGCCCAGCAGAGACCUCAAGCCUGCUACUCAAUUCUUCCCUGGAAGCUUCGGAGCAAUGUGGCAAAGAGACCCACGUGGAGAACAUCCUUUUUGCAACUUUUUAUCUCCUGGAUUUCAUCCUGGCUCUUGCUGGCAAUGCUCUGGCUCUCUGGCUCUUCAUCCGGGACCAGAAGUCAGGUACUCCAGCCAACAUCUUCCUGAUGCAUCUUGCUGUUGCUGACUUGUCUUUUGUGCUGAUACUUCCCACCCGGGUGGUAUACCAUUUUUCUGGCAAUCACUGGCCAUUUGGUGAGAUCCCAUGCAGACUUACUGGUUUCCUCUUUUAUCUCAACAUGUAUGCCAGCAUCUACUUUCUCAUGUGCAUCAGCGUUGACCGCUUCCUAGCCAUUGUGCAUCCUGUGAAGUCCAUUAAACUCCGCAGGUCACUCUAUGCUCAUUUAGCAUGUGCCUUUCUAUGGGCUAUAGUUGCUGUUGCAAUGGCACCUCUGUUGAUCAGUGUGCAGACAGUCCAGAUGACUAAUACAACUGUCUGCCUGCAACUUUACAGAGAAAAGGCAUCACGCCACGCUCUUAUAUCCUUGGCAGUGGCAUUCACCUUUCCAUUUGUUACUACAGUGACUUGCUACUUAUUAAUCAUCCGCAGCCUAAAAAGUGGCAACAGAGUUGAGAAGCACCUGAAGGAAAAAGCCAUCAAGAUGAUCAUCAUGGUUCUAAUGAUCUUCCUGGUCUGCUUUGUACCCUAUCAUGUCAAUCGCUACAUUUAUAUUCUCCAUUAUGAUGGCACCAAGACUUCCUGUGAAACUCAGCGAAUCCUGGCUCUAAAUAACCGCAUCACUUCUUGCCUCACUAGCCUGAAUGGCGCCCUUGACCCAGUCAUGUAUUUUUUUGUAGCUGAGAAGUUCCGUGAAGCCUUAUGCAGCUUGUUCUGUGGCAAAAAGGCUGUAAUGUUGCCUCAGACUUAUGAAGGAAAGACAAAUGAGAGCUCACUAAGUGCUAAGUCUGAACUGUGAGCAAGUGAAUACAUUUGCUUUCACUUUCAGAUCCAAGAACCCUUUUUCUACCCAACCCAGCUAAGAGAUUUUUUAGUGUGAAAGCCAACAAAGACAAAUGAUGCUAUACCUAGGGCCAGUCUCCUCCUCCUCAAAGUUUGAGAAUCAGUUCAUUCAUCUGAAUGCAGCUAAAAGGAGCAAAGGCUAAUUUCCUAGAAAAGAUGUGUUGCAUUCUCAGUAAAUCAUAAGACAUGAAACCAACUGAUGUUUGACUACUUCAUGGUAGGAGCAGGAAGCAAGAAAUUAGUCAAAUCCCAAUUUCUUCAUCUAAAAGACAACACACUCCAGCUGGAUUCAAGCAAACACAGACCACACCAAGAAAUAAGCCAAUUAGCAUCACAGCCCUAAGAUAUAGCUUCUGAUCUUUUCCCUGCACAACCUAGAAACCCUUCCCUGAAAUCCAAUGUUAUUUUCACUGUGGAGGUUGUUUUGAGGUGGCAGAGGGUAAAGCAUGUCUAGAUCUACUGUGUAGAAUUCACAGAGAGUUUGGAAUAGAGUGGAUAAGGGAUUCCUGUAAAACAGGAAGAAGGAAAAACCUUUGAUGGGACAGCCAGGGGCCAGAAUUAAGGGGGGACAGCCACAGUUUCCAAACUAAAGAGGUCUAAGAUAAAAAAGCCUCAUCUGUGCAGAGCAUUGGGCCAUAUACAGUAAAAGAAAAAUCACAGUAUUAUUUCUACUUGUCCUUAGAAUGGUGGGCCAUGGUCCCAUUAGCUGUGUGCACCUACAGGUUUGGCAGCAUUUUCUAAACUAGUUUUGUUAUACAGUCUUCUAUGAAUUAUUGUUGCCUGAAAUGAUCACAGUACGAUAAAGAUACCAACACAGAGGGAAUCAUGAGAUGUGGAUCAGGAAAACUGCAAAUCAAGGGAAGCUUUAUUUCCUUUUAGUAAAUGCUGAACCUGAAACUCUGAAUUUCUGCAAAAAAGUUAACCAAGAAGAAAAUAGGCAGGUGUGCUGAAGAAGUGUAACCCAGCCCACCUUGGAGGACGCUCAAAGAUUUUUAAAGGUAUUUUAUAAUUAUUUACAUUCUGCUUCAUAUAUUUUGGCUGUUCAAACAUUUUGUCUGCUACAGAUGAUUGCUAACCUAUGUUAGCUUCACUACCCUCCCUACAAUAAACUACUCCCAGUGGAAUGAACCCAGGAAGAAAGCAGGGAAGGAAGGGGAGAUAAUGAAGCACAAGCUGACAGAACAGAAGAACCCAUAAGGAAUUGUAUUAUGCCAAUCAUGUUUCCCUGGAAAGAUGGGAACUACAUUAAGCCAUACAACAGUCCAAUCGUAUUUACACAUACUUUUCAUGUCAUUAGGAGAAACUCCAUGCGUCUUGCAGAGUUUGGAUCCUAAAUUAUGAAGUCAAACAGCUUUGUAUUGUAGUUGAUAGUUGCUGGAAUCCUGACUGCUUCCUCAGAAGAUAGAAUCAUAGAAAGUUAGGAUUGGAAGGGACCUCAGGAGGACAUCUAGU